AUGCCGCCGCCAACGUGCCUUGAGGGCCCCCCAAGGUCAAGGCGUCGCCACAACCCAUCGCUCCCCCCCAUCCAGCUGUACCAUGGACAAGAGCCGCGUGCCCAGCACAGCAACGCAUCCGUGUCCCCCAUACUCAGGUCGGCAUCCAGCGGACAGCACAGCAACGCACCCGUGUCCCCCAUACUGAGGACGGCAUCCAGCGGACAGCACAGCAACGCAUCCGUGUCCCCCAUAAUCAGGACGCCGUCAUACACGCCCCCGUCGGCAUCCAGCGGACAGCACAGCAACGCGUCCGUGUCCCCCAUAAUCAGGACGCCGUCAUACACGCCCCCGUCGGCAUCCAGCGGACAGCACAGCAACGCGUCCGUGUCCCCCAUAAUCAGGACACCGUCAUACACGCCCCCGUCGGCAUCCAGCGGACAGCACAGCAACGCGUCCCCGUCCACAUCUAUCAUGAGGACACCGUCGUCCACCGCAUCCCUGACGCGGACGGUGAGCUUCGACGAUCGCACGAUAAAGCCCCGCAAGCCGUCCGAAUCCUAUCACCGGGGCCGUGCCGCCAACAACGAAGCCGAAGAGACGCAGCGCGAGAGGGAGGCGUGCAUGGCGAUGAUGAGGGAGCUGUGUGAGUGCAACAAAUCCCUCCGCCGGAAGAUCGACACCAUCGAGCGAAAUUGCCAGAGCGCCAACCAAGCCAUCAACGACAUCUACCACAGGAUCGAUUACGGAACCAACGUGGAUGGCGGUAACAGGAAACACUGCUCGACUCAGUGA